UUAUAAUACAGAGCCAGCAUAUAACCAGACAAACCAUCCUGACGCUUUCUCCAUUGAUACGCAACGCAAGGCUUGGUUUGGUUUGGUUGCGUCUUGAUAUCUACCCAAAUCUGCCAGCCAAUCCAUCCCUAUUAGUAUUAGGGGGAAGGAUUGAAUCUUUAAGAAUCUAUCUUGAAUCUAAGAUAUAGAUAGCUAGAUCUCUGUUUCUCAUUAUUAUGCUGGCAGGUUUUCUAGAUUCGUGACCAAAUAAACCAAUACCGGAGAACAAAAAAGACUCAGAUACCGUUGAUAACCGAGCGUUGAUUCCGAUACCCAAUUGUCUGUAAUUGAGAUUGGGUUUUCUAUUUGAUGGGUUUUGUUGCUGAGUCAAAUCAGGGGGCUAUUGGUAAUGGAGGAAAGUCAGGGUUAAGAAGUUUGGUGAGGAGGAAACGGGUUGAUUCGGUUCAUUCGAAGUCAUUAGAGACAGGCCAUCAUCAAUUGGCUAAGGAAUUAUCGAUUGCGCAUCUCAUCGCCAUAGGUGUUGGUUCGACAAUCGGAGCUGGGGUUUACAUUCUUGUGGGUACAGUUGCUAGAGAACAUUCUGGCCCUGCUUUAGCCUUUUCUUUCCUUAUUGCUGGUAUAGCAGCUGCUCUUUCUGCCUUUUGUUAUGCUGAGCUUGCAAGUCGCUGUCCUUCAGCUGGAAGUGCCUAUCAUUAUUCCUACAUCUGUGUUGGAGAAGGUCUUGCUUGGAUAAUCGGAUGGGCUUUGAUUUUGGAAUAUACAAUUGGAGGAUCUGCAGUUGCUCGUGGCAUUUCUCCUAAUCUGGCAUUGCUCUUUGGGGGCCCAGAUAGUCUACCAUUUUUUCUUGCACGCUAUUCUAUUCCUUCGCUUGGUAUUGUGGUCGACCCUUGUGCAGCUUUCUUGGUGUUUAUUGUUACAGGGCUAUUAUGUGUUGGAAUCAAAGAGAGCACUUUCGUGCAAUCAGUGGUCACGACUGCAAACAUAUGUGCUAUGAUCUUUAUUAUUUUAGCGGGUGGAUAUCUAGGGUUCAAAAGCGGAUGGAUUGGGUAUAGACUUCCUGUUGGGUACUUUCCAUUUGGAGUUGACGGGAUGCUUGCUGGAGCUUCUACAGUAUUCUUUUCAUACAUAGGGUUUGAUUCAGUUGCCAGCACAGCAGAAGAGGUGAAGAACCCUCAAAGGGAUCUGCCUUUGGGAAUUGGAGCUGCACUAUCUAUAUGCUGCAUGUUAUAUAUGUUGGUGUCUGCAGUGAUUGUUGGUUUAGUGCCAUAUUAUGCCAUGGAUCCUGACACCCCUAUCUCUUCUGCAUUUGCAAGUCAUGGUGUUCAAUGGGCAGUGUAUAUCAUAACAAUUGGAGCUGUCACUGCUCUAUGCUCAACUCUUAUGGGUUCACUUUUGCCUCAACCACGAAUCUUGAUGGCAAUGUCUAGAGACGGUUUACUCCCAUCAUUCUUUUCAGAAGUAAAUAAACGCACACAAGUUCCAGUGAAGAGCACGAUUCUGACUGGUGUGAUUGCUGCUGCCUUGGCAUUUGCCAUGGAUGUUGAACAGCUGGCAGGGAUGGUGAGUGUAGGUACACUUCUAGCAUUUACAAUGGUGGCAGUUUCAGUGUUGAUACUUAGGUAUGUCCCACCGGAUGAGGUCCCACUUCCAUCAUCACUACAAGCAGCAAUAGAUUUGGUCUCUUUGCGUUAUAGUAACAACGUUAGAACCGAGGAAAUUGAUGUUGAGAUUAGCAAAAGUCAGACUGGGGAGAAAAAUAUAUCUAAAAAAGGAGAAGCAUCAGCUGAAUAUCCUCUAAUUGCUAAAAUAUCAGCUCAAGCCAAAUGCAAGGAAAGCAAGAGAAGAAAUAUUGCAGGGUGGGCUAUAAUACUUACUUGUAUUGGAGCAUUGAUUCUUACAUAUUCAGCCUCGAAUCUUGGCAUUCCUAGAUCUUUUCGGUUGACAUUAUGUGGAGUUGGUGGACUUCUGUUAUUAUUGGGUCUAGGUGUGCUAAGUUGUAUAGACCAGGAUGAUGCCAGACAUAAUUUUGGGCACUCAGGCGGUUUCAUAUGCCCAUUUGUUCCUCUCCUGCCUAUCCUUUCGAUUCUCAUCAAUGUAUAUUUGCUGCUAAAUCUUGGGGCGGAUACAUGGAUGCGGGUAUCGGUGUGGCUGGUGAUUGGAGUGUUUGUGUAUGUGAUUUAUGGGCGGAGUCAUAGCUCCCUGCAACAUGCAGUUUAUGUGCCUGCAGCUCAUGUGGAUGAAAUUUACAAGAGCAGUGCCGAAUCUUUGAAUUCUUAAUUCAGAUUGUUUGGCAUCAAUUAGUAACACUUGUACUUUAAAAAGCUUUUUGUAAUAUAUGUGCCAAGGGAAAUGUUCAUUUGAUGUAAAUAUUUAUUUAUAUAUAUGUAUUUACUUAUUAAAUUAUUAUUAUUACUAGGGGUU